AUGCGAAGGACCAACAACAUAGGAGUUCUGGCACUGGGCCUGGCGUCCUCCAUUCGAGGGAUCUUGGCAGACCUAACUUGGCCAUCUGCCUACGACGAGAUCGAAGACAUCAUGUUUCUCAACAACGGCUACAACGCCCGAGAAUUCCCUAUACUCCUGCAACCGUGUACUAUUGUCAAGGAACCAGGCCACUCAAUUGCCGCGGGGCUCAUUCGGACAGCCUUCCACGACAUGGCACCUCAUAACGCGUACACGGGCGUGGGAGGUGUCGAUGCCUCGAUCGGGUUUGAAUUGGACUCGAGUAUCUACCCCACCAACACUGGCAUUGCUUUCAACAAUACGAUGCACUUCUAUUCCCAAUUCUUCAACGGCCGCGCGCCUAUGGCGGAUCUGGUCAACGUCGGGCUCUACCAGGCGGUGAGGGCGUGCGGUGGUCCGAUCGUGCCCGUGCGGGCUGGACGUGUUGACGCGACGGGUCCUGGUCCCGUUGGUGUCCCUCAGCCCACCGACCCCAUCCCGCAGAUGAUUGGGGAAUUCCGACGCAUGGGCUUCAGCCCCGAGGAGAUGAUCGCAAUGGUUGCGUGUGGUCACAGCAUUGGCGGUGUCCAUUCUGCCGAGCACCCUGACAUUGUCCCACCAUACACCACGCCGCUGGGUGUCCAGGACUUGGACUCCACCAACGCCACUUUCGACAACGCCGUUGUCACCGAAUAUCUCGACGGCACGACCCAGAACCCUCUCGUCGUUGGUGCCAAUCCCGCCGCAUACUCUGAUGGACGUAUCUUCGGGCUGAACAACCGCCGGACCGUGUCCGCCUUGGCCGAUCCCAACGCUUACGCGAACACCUGCUCUGGAAUUCUUGCCAAAAUGGUCAACACCGUCCCAAAUGGUGUGCAGUUGUCUGAUGUCAUUGCUCCCUACGAGCUGAAGCCUUCAAAUCUUCAGCUCAACGUGGCGGCCGAUGGACAAACCCUCCAGUUCACCGGAGAGCUUCGCAUUCACACCAACAGCUUGCCGUCAUCCUCCAUUUCCAGUGUUCAGGUUGUCUACAAGGACCGCACUGGAGCGGCGAGUGAUGCGUACACCAUCGCCGCUUCUGUUCUGGGCGAUGCCAACGGUUUCGAUGAUACGUUCACGUUCUACGGCUUCGAAGGCACGAUCCCAGCCUUGACCUCGAUAUCAUCUUUCACUGUUAUUGUCACCCUUACCAGCGGCUCCACCCAGACUUUCGAUAACAACGGACAGGGCUACCCGAUCUCGGAUGCGAUCUUCACACAAACCUCGUACUCGUCUCUCGCCGCGACAGACGGCUCCGGGAACCAGCAGUUGACAGUUUUCGCUGCGGCCCGCAACAGCGAGACCUACGGCCCAGUCACCCUCUCUGUCGACCUCAUCAACCCCAUCACAUAUAACAAUCUGCCCACGGUCAGCAGUGUCCCCACGCCCAUGACGAGUGUGUGCGCCGGCCAGUACUACACUUUCUAUUCGGCCACUUUCGGAGUGCCGGCCGCGGGCGCGAACUUUACCAAGUACGACGUGAGCGCAAGCUGCAACGGAGCGACCGUCUCGGACAGUUUCAACAGUCUCGCUGGCCUUCCCCUCACGGCCAGCGCGACGCCAUCAUGUGGUGCUGCUCCGAGCAAGCGAGCCGUCAACUUCAGCGCAUAA